GCGAACAGCAUCACCAUGUUCAUAAUUUGGAGCUUCUUCCGGCAUCCAUCGCCUCGUAUAAUUUUUGUAUCUUAACAACACCAAUUCCCGCAAUUCUUACCCUUUAAUCUCCCAUUUUUCCAUCCUUCAACCCGUUUCUCUCUCCGUUUCUAUGCACAUUGCCAAUGGCGAUCCGUGCUGUGCUCGUCAUCGUUCCUCUUGGUCUGCUUUUCAUCCUCUCCGGCCUCAUCGUCAAUGUUCUUCAGGCACUUGUCUUUGUUCUUGUUCGUCCCAUUUCGAAGUGUUGGUACAGGAGAAUCAACAAACUGGUUGCUGAACUGCUAUGGUUGGAACUCAUUUGGCUAAUCGAUUGGUGGGCAGGUGCCAAGGUUGAGCUGUAUACAGAUCAAGCAACCUUCCAAUUGUUGGGGCAAGAACACGCACUUGUUUUAUGCAAUCAUCGAAGUGACAUUGACUGGCUUGUUGGAUGGGUCCUAGCUCAGCGUGCAGGUUGUCUUGGUAGUGCCUUAGCCAUUAUGAAGAAAGAGGCAAAAUUCCUCCCAGUCAUUGGCUGGUCAAUGUGGUACUCUGACUAUAUUUUUCUAGAAAGAAGCUGGGCAAAGGAUGAAAGCACUCUGGAGUCAAGCUUUCAGUCACUCAUGGAUUUUCCCAUGCCAUUUUGGUUGGCACUUUUUGUUGAGGGAACUCGUUUUACACAACAAAAACUUCUAGCUUCUCAGGAAUAUGCUGCAUCUAGAGGAUUACCUGUCCCUAGAAAUGUUUUAAUUCCUCGUACGAAGGGCUUUGUUUCUGCUGUGAACCAUAUGCGUUCGUUUGUUCCUGCUAUUUAUGAUUGUACAGUGGCCACUUCCCCAAAAGACAACCCUCCUACAUUGUUGACGCUAUUUAGAGGCCAAUCUUUUGUGGUAAAACUGCAAGUCAAGCGACACGAAAUGCAGGAAUUGCCAGUAACUGCAGAUGGGAUCUCACAGUGGUGCAAAGAUCUAUUCGUUACCAAGGACACAUUACUGGAGAAGUAUAUGACCAAGAAUUCGUUCAGCGAUCAACAACCUAUCAACAUAGGCCGACCAAAAAAGUCAUUAUUGGUUGUUCUUUGUUGGUUAUGUAUCCUGGCUUUUGGCAUUGUUAAAUUCUUCCAAUGGUCUGCACUCCUCUCCUCAUGGGAAGGCAUCGCAUUCCUAGCUGCCCUCUUGGUUCUCAUAAUCCUCGUUAUGCAAUUGCUCGUUCAUUCUUCAAAGUCGACACGUUCGACACCCGUCAAUCUGUCGUCCCAAGAUCCAGCCGAGGAACGGCUACUUCAAAAAUGAGAUAAGAUACUAAGCCUGUCAUGUGGCUAUACAAAAUGCAUUAUCAUCACAGUACUCAUUCAUAUUCAUUCCAUUCUUUGUGCAGUGUUUAGUGAUUCUUUCAACACCGAAGUGUUGUAUGUGUGUCUGUCUAAAGCAUCAUUCCACUUCAGGCACUUCAUGUCAUGUGUAGCUGUAUUACAACUUACUGUCUGUAUAGCCAUGUUUCUGAUGCUGCAAUUGUAAUUUUUUUCGGUUUUUUUAUUCGUGAGUGUUCGAGCCAUAUUACAAAUAUCACGAGUGUUUAAGUCUAGAUAAAUUACGAGCUAUUUGGCUUGUUUAAGUUCUAUUCUAUCCCAUUUAAUGUACUCUCGGUUC